UCUUCCACUCACAACAGCAACAGAAACAACGAGAGACUCAGCCUUCUAAGCAAUCCCAAUCCACUACCACAGCUCCACGAUCAAAAAAGAGAGAGUCUUUCUUCAGAUACAUGGACAUGGCAGAAAUACGGUCAAAAACCCAUCAAAGGCUCUCAAUAUCCAAGGGGAUACUAUAGGUGUAGCAGCUCAAAAGGGUGUUUGGCCCGGAAACAAGUGGAGUGGAACGGAUCCGACCCGGGAAUCUUCAUAGUCACAUACACGGCCGAAAACAACCACCCAGCUCCGACUGAUCGGAACUCGCUCGCCGGCUCAACCCGUCAGAAGCCAUUGAACCCUCAAACUGUCAACGGCGAUGACUCCAACAACAACAACAACAUGCCCACCACCAAACCCUCAUCUCGGGCAACAUCUAUUGAGGAAGAGCUGGUUGUACCUCAGAGUAUAACCACGGAGAGCAAAGAAGGGAGGGAGAAUUUUUUGCUUGAUGAUGAGGAAGAAGACGAAUUUGGGUUCUCGGAUAUGACUGUGAGUGACGAUUUCUCUGUGGGUUUGGAAGGAUUGGCCAGUCCGGUGACCGGAUCGUGCUAUUCGGAUCACUUUCCGGGAAGCUUUUCUCUUCCUUGGGUCGCUAGAGAGAAAUUUAGCGAUUGGUGGAAUCUUGGUUUAACAAUGUUUAGAGAGAGAGAGAGAGAGAGAGUUUAGUUGAGGGUAAAAAAGAGUACUAGAUUUUAGUCAUUUAAUUUUAUUUUUUUUUGGGGGGUUUUAUUUAUUUUUAUCUUUAUUUUUUAUUUUGGGUUUUGGAGUACAGUUAAACUAGUUGGUAGUGAACAAAUUGUAAGAAUGAUUUGCUGAUCCAUUUACAUAUUUACCGUUUUCAUGGUUUUA